AGGUCGCGCCGCCGCUACCGGCGUUACCUCGGAACCCGCGUGCGGUUCCUGGUAGCCGGAGCUGGUCGGGCUCCCGGAGGCGGGCUUGGGUCUCAGCCGGUCAGUCUUCCCGUGUGGUGGUCUAGGGCCGGCAACCGUGGCGUUUGGGCUCCUCCAGAAUGGCGAUGCUGGCUGAACCUCGGCGGAAGCAGAAAUGGUCUGUGGAUCCAAGGAACACUGCGUGGAGUAAUGAUGAUUCCAAGUUUGGCCAAAAAAUGCUGGAGAAGAUGGGAUGGUGCAAGGGAAAGGGUCUAGGGGCUCAGGAGCAAGGAGCUACAGAGCAUAUUAAAGUUCAAGUUAAAAACAACCAGCUUGGGCUGGGAGCUUCAGCCAGUCACGAGGAUGACUGGCUGGCUCCUCAGGAGGAGUUUAAUCAACUUCUUGCUGAAUUGAACAGUUGUCAUGGACAAGAAGAAAAAGAUUUUCCAGGUAACAAGGAGAAAAAAUCCUUUAGCCUUGAAGAGAAGUCAAAGUCCUCCAAAAGACGUGUUCACUAUACAAAAUUUACAAAGGGAAAGGAUCUUUCUUCUCGGAGUAAAACAGAUCUGGAUUGCAUUUUUGGAAAAAGGCAAAAAAGUGAGAUUUCUAAGGAAGAUCAUAGCCCAAGUGCUACAAAUGAGGAAAAAGCUACUCCCACAGUAACCAGUAACCUCACUGUACAGGAAUAUUUUGCUAAACGAAUGUUGGAGUUAAAGAACAAAUCAGCAGUCACACACAUGGCUUCUGCUGAAACUAAGCCUUUUGAAGAAAAAAGGACUAAACAGAAAAAAGAAAAGAAGAAAAGGAAAGAAGCUGAGGACUGGAACAAACCCAAGGCCAAGCAUCCCAAAAAGGAGAGUCUGGAGGAGGAGGACAGAUGGCAUGCUGACCGUAAGUCAAAGGAAAAGGCCCUUCCUGAGAACCAGGUUAGAGACCCUGAUUAUGAGCAGUGUCUGGAUGCUUCUCCCCAGGAGAGACCAGUUAGUGAUGAGCAAGAGCCUAGUAUGGGGCCCUCUGCCGUGGAACCAAAAAAGAAAAAAAAGAAAAAGGAAAUGGUUAUGGGAUCUGCCCAAGAUCAAACAUCAGAGAGGAGGAAGAAGAAGAAAAAGAAGAAGAAAAGCCUUGAAUAAAGAAGGUUGCCUUACUUGGACUUUCAUAUCAUUUGAAUGUCAUAAUACUUUUAGUGCAGCCUUAUUAAAAAAACCCACAAAGAAAGAAAAAAGCCUUGGCCUGAAGUCAGAGCUGAGUUUACUCAAGAUGAUUUGUUCACAUCUUUUAACAUGCCCAUGGAUUGCUGGGUCUCGCCCUCUCAUCACAUUUUUCCCAACUACAAAAAUUCCCAGAAGAACUUGAAAAACAAUCCAAAUCAUGUCUCUCUGAAGCAAGAUUAUUUUUAAGACCCUGGAUCCUACAUUGUUUAUAUAUCUGGGAGGUGGGGGUGGGGGCAGGGUAGAGGAGGGAGAAACAUGUGAGAUAUAGAAGUCUUUGCAUAUGCACACACAGAUAUUUGAAUUUUCCACUACUUCCUUUGGCAAUAAUAAAUUAUGCUUCCUUUUGAAAGAUUUGCUCUAAUUAAAGGAUUAUGAGUCGAUGCUGGAGAACAUAACCAAAGAGUUCCUAUUGUUCUCUAGCCAACCAAUACAUUUGUGCCAACUAGGAAUUAUGUUACUUUUUAAAAAAAAUUUUAUUUUUGCCCCAGAUUGGCUUUCUAUAUGGGCAUUUCUCUUGCUUCUCUUCCACUGAUUAAUGGCUAUCAAGCAUUCCAAAGAUUCUAGAUGACUUCAAACGGUUAUCAUUGAACUAGAUUCUCUGUGUGGUUUUGGUCUGAUCAGCAUUAUAAGGGACUUUUCAUGCCUCCAUUGAAUUUUACCCUUUCUGAGCUAUUAGCAUGUAUUUGGUUGUACCUGAUGCCAAAUAAGCCAUAUCUCUGGAACAACAUUGCCAGAACAGCCCUGCCCCAAUUAUAAUGAUCAGAUACACAAGAUCUACCAAAAUAAAAUAAAAACUG